GUUUUUUUGUUGACGGCCUCGUCAUUUCUUUAUUUUGAAAUCAAUUUAAGGAAUUUCAUAACAUUUUUAUACCUUUAUUCCUAGUGGUCACAGUUAUCGACGAGCAGUCUCGUGUGUCCGUUCUUUUUAGUGUUCAAGUGGAAACCUACCCACCUUAAACUAACUUAAAGCCAUUCACUCCCAUAAAGAAAAAUAAUACAGAAAUGUCUUCACCGUGGGGAACAGUCGCAUCGGUCGAGGCCGUAAACCUACAGGAAAUUAUGUCCGAGGAGUUUGCUCGCGAACUCCAGAAAGAGGAAGGAUGGAAGAACCAUCCAGAAAGGGCUGCCCAGAUAGAAAUGGUGCAUCCAAAGGAAACGAUAAAGCGAAAGGAUUUUGAGCCUACGGCAGGAUGUUCCAGGGCAAUUGAUCCAGGUGUGCUUGAAGAAAGUGGAGGAGCUUCUGGAGGAUUCGCAGAGGAAGUCAUUCCGGAAGACGUUCUUCGCGCUAUCGAAGAAGCGGAUCAGAAGCAGCUGGACUCUGAUGUGGCCAUUGCGAAGCUGCUACAGGCUCAGUUCGACUGUGAGUACGACGAAGAGCUGAAGCGUGUGGAAGAUCAUCGGAACAAGAAUUCUACAGUGAAGAUAUCGUUGAAGAACUAUCGAAUGGUACCGGAGGAGCUGGUUUACGAAGAAGCCAAGGAAAUUCCUGUUGAUCCGAAAGCUGUUUGGGAUCGAUUCGAAACGAAUGAAAAAGAAGAGAAAUCAAUCCCUAAGAUCGGGUACAAGCUUAACGAUGAUGGUGAAAUAGUCACAAAGCAUAAUCAGGAUAUUUCGGGAAGGAAGAACGCCUGCAAGGUAAUGUCGUUUCCUCCGGAGUUUUCUACCGGAGAUGGUGCGGGCUUUGACAUGAAACUAUCCAACAAAGUGUUCAAUGAGUUGAAAACUCACUCGAAAAAGGCUAGCAAGAAGCAACACAAAGCUCAAGACAGAAAAGAAAACAUUGCGACCGCGGAAAUGGGAUUGGAUGAGCCCACUCGUUUGAUUCUCUACAAGUGGAUCAACAAUCAGCUGUUGGAGUCUAUCGAUGGAAUAAUCUCGACUGGCAAAGAAGCCGUCAUUUUGCAUGCCGAAACGGAUCCGAUGAAUCCGAACUUGGAGGAAGGAAAAUCUCAUCCAAAGGAAGUGGCCAUAAAGAUCUUCAGUACAACAUUGAACGAAUUCAAGCAACGAGAUCGAUAUAUAAAGGACGACUUCCGGUUUUCGGGGAGGUUUUCGAAGCAGAAUGCCAAAGUGGUCAUCAACAUGUGGGCAGAAAAGGAGCUACAUAAUCUGAAUCGAAUGAAAAAGCAUGGUAUCCGGUGUCCAGAAAUUGUCGCGCUCAAAAAGAAUAUCCUGGUGAUGUCCUUCAUUGGGGAGAACAUGAUUCCGGCGCCGAAGCUAAAGGAGGCCAUCCUGUCGGAAGCGCAGUUAAUUUGUGCCUACGAGGAGAUGGUCGAGAUCAUGUACAAACUGUACAACGAAGCUCGACUGGUGCAUGCCGACAUGUCCGAGUAUAACAUCCUGUGGUUCGACGAACAGUGCUGGAUCAUCGAUGUGGCGCAAUCGGUGGAACCGGGUCAUCCCGGUGCGUUGGAAUUUUUGAUGCGAGAUUGUGACAACAUCAGUGCGUUUUUCACAAAACGCGGCGUUAGUGGGGUCAAAAGUAAGGAGGAACUUUUCUUUCACAUUACCGGAAUGGAUCCAUUGACCCAUAAUGCGACGAUCUUGGAGCGUAUUCAUAUGAAGGGCGAUCCGCCACACAAGGUCAACGGAAUCGACGACGACACACCGGAUCACUUGAAACCGAUGGAGUAUCCGUUCGAUUUUGCGUGGAAAGUGGUUAACCAUAAAAGUAACAAAAAGAAUAGCAUGGUGAGGGUCAUAGAAGAAUCACAAGUCGGGAGUUCAACAGAAGGGAACGGCGAUUUUGAAGGUGGUCUACCGACGGAACGAAUAGCUGCCUAAUGCUCGUGGGUUGGACUCAAAUAGAAGAUGGUCUAGAUGUCGAAAUCACAGCCACACCUCAAUCAAACAAGGAGCAACAAAAGAACCGGACAGCAAAUCGGAAACGAUCUAGUGAAGCUCUAAUAACAGAAGUGCAGAGAGCAACUGGAAGAAUAAAAUGG